UAACUUCUUUCUGUUUGCCACACUCAAACUGCAUCAAAUAUUUUGAUAUCCAUACACAAAAGAAAGUUAGUGCUUUUUUUGAACACUGAAAAUGGGAGUUUUGUCCAAGAUGGCUACUAAUGACCGCCAUGGGGAAAAUUCUCCUUACUUCGAUGGGUGGAAGGCAUUUGAAAGGAAUCCUUUUCACCUUAUUCAGAAUCCUGAAGGAGUUAUCCAAAUGGGUCUUGCAGAGAAUCAGCUUUGCUUUGAUUUGAUCGAAGACUGGAUUCGCAAAAAUCCCUAUGUCUCCAUUUGUACUGCUGAAGGAGUUGAUGAGUUCAAGGAGAUUGCAAACUUUCAAGAUUAUCAUGGCUUGCCAGAGUUUAGAAAGGCUGUGGCAAAGUUUAUGGGAAAAGUGAGAGGUGGAAGAGUAACAUUUGAUCCAGACCGUAUAGUCAUGGGCGGUGGAGCUACAGGCGCAAACGAGCAAAUCAUCUUCUGUUUAGCCGACCCUGGCGAUGCUUUUCUUGUACCCUCACCUUAUUAUCCAGCAUUUGACCGGGACCUGGGAUGGCGCACUGGAGUUGAAAUAGUUCCUGUUCACUGUGACAGCUCAACCAAUUUCCAGAUAACCAGAGAUGCAUUGGAAGAAGCAUAUGAAAAAGCUCGAGAAGCCAACAUUAAUAUUAAAGGCUUGAUCAUAACAAACCCUUCAAACCCACUUGGCAUCACCCUAGACAGAGAUACUCUUAAAAGCCUAGUGAGCUUCAUCGAUGAAAAGAACAUUCACUUUGUCUGCGAUGAAAUCUAUGCUGCCACUCUCUUCUGUCCACCCAAGUUCGUAAGCGUCGCUGAAGUGAUCCAAGAAAUGGACUGUAAUCUUGAUCUCAUCCACAUUGUUUACAGUUUGUCUAAGGACAUGGGCCUCCCUGGCUUUAGGGUUGGCAUUGUUUAUUCUUAUAAUGAUGCAGUUGUGAGUUGUAUCCGCAAGAUGUCAAGCUUCGGUUUGGUAUCCUCACAAACUCAAUAUUUACUCGCUUCAAUGCUUUCUGAUGAUGAAUUUGUGGAAAAGUUUCUAGCGGAAAGCUCAAAGAGGCUGGCAAAAAGGUACCAUAUUUUCACAAAGAGACUUGAGAAAGUGGGGAUUAACUGCUUGAAGGGAAAUGCAGGUCUUUUCUUCUGGAUGGAUUUGCGACACCUCCUUCAACAAGAAACAGUUGAUGCCGAAAUGAAGCUAUGGGGCACGAUUUUGAACGAUGUGAAACUUAACGUUUCACCAGGCUCUUCCUUUCAUUGCCAGGAGCCUGGUUGGUUCAGGGUGUGCUUUGCAAAUAUGGAUGAUGAGACAAUGGAUAUUGCACUAAAAAGAAUUGAAGCAUUCGCCCGUCAAGGCAAAGAAGGUGAGAGUACAGCAACAAAGAAACGUUGGCAGCAGAAUCUUCGCCUCAGCUUCAAGUCUAGGGUUUAUGAACAGGGUGUUUUGUCACCCCAUAUCGUAUCUCCUCACUCCCCAAUUCCUCAUUCACCAUUGCUUCGAGCAAGGACUUAAGAAGAUAUAUAUAGAGCACGCAAAUACAUAUAAUUUAUAGAAAGGAAUCAUUCAGCUCCUUAAAGAAACAAACAUAAUUUUUCCAUUGCAGUGGUGCCUUUUUGUGGGAAAAUUAAUUAUCAUUUACAGUGUGAAAAUGGUAUUAUUGUUUUUAUAGGGUUAAUUCCACAAGCCAACUAACCCAGUAAAGAUUAAAUUGUGUAAUUUGAAGUCAUAGACAUCUAUGUUUCGUUGAGAAAAACUAUUUCUCAAUUAUAUUGUUUGUUUCAGAAGCAAUUUGAUUAUUAUAAGUUAGCUAAACUAAAUGAUAUGCGUACAAGUGCCAAUUAGCGAGCAGCCAUGCACCAUGCCUCAUUAAUGCCGGCAUGCAUUUUUUUAUACAUCUUUUAGUUUAUAUACAAUAUAGAAUAAUGGGUCAGCCAUGCACUGCACUGCACUGACAUACAUACAUAUAUAUUUUCUUAUUAUGUGGCGAACUGUUUGUUUUCAAAUAUUGUAUAUGUGUUUCAUUGCCACACAGGCGGGCAGCUUCUUCAACUAAUGAAUUGAUUUGUUUUGGCAGAUGUGGCUCUAUAUCUGUGUAAAAGUAAUGCCCUUUUAUCAUUUCUGAAGUAACACAGCCGCCCAGCAUCAAUUAACUCGACUGCCAUUAUCAUCCAUUGGCUUGUGAACUGUGAUCGUGUGAAGAGGAAAAUUUUAAGAAGAAAGAAAUGAGUGGGUAGUCUGGAAUGUUUAGUUUCAUUUGGCCUCAUUUUAAGAAUAAAGAAAGUUAAUAUUAAUUUAAUUGAA